AUGAAUAAUAUCAUUCAAUAUUCAUCACAUAUCGAUAAUUCUAAUACAUCAAAAUCUCUAUUAUCAUUAGAACGAUUUUCUUUUGAACAACAAAUUGAUUUUGAUUAUAAUAGUUCAAUACUUAAUCUAUCACAAACAAAACGUCUUUUUUCAUUAAUUGAUUCACCUAUAUUAAUUAGUAGUAAAACAACAUUACCAACAUUAACUGUUAUACCAUCAAUAUUUUUAAUACGAUUAAAAAAUGAAGCACAACAACGAGGUUUAGAUUUACAUGAUAUAAGAUUAAGUGGUGGUGCUGCAUCAUUUGUACUUGAUCCAACAGGUGAUUUAGCUUUUCGUGAUUUAGAUUUUUUGAUAUCUGUAAAUGAUGUUACAACAGAAUUAAAUUGGUCGAUUAUAAAACAAGCCGUAUUUGCUUCAUUACCAUUAUCAAAUCAAGAAAAUCAACAUUUAUGUACAGAAAUUUAUACAGAUAAAAUGAUACGUAUUAUAAAUGAAUAUGAUCGUUGGGGUUUAAUAUCAUUACGAAAUGCUGAUGGUCGAAAUUUAGAAUUAAAAUUUGUUGAACAUAUGAAACGACAAUAUCAAUUUUCAGUUGAUUCAUUUCAAAUAUUACUUGAUCCAUUAUUAAAUUUUUUUUAUUUAACACGAAAAUUUCAUUCAAAUUCAAUUAAUUUUCCAACAAUAAUUGUUCUAUCAAGUUAUGGAAAUUUUUCUGAAGCUUUACAACAUUUACAUUAUCGUUUAAUAGAUGUUAAAACACCUGAAGAAUUACGUGGUGGUGGUCUUUUAAAAUAUUGUGAUUUAAUUGCAAGAGGUUUUCAUCCAACAAAUCAUAUACAAAUGAAAGAUUUACAACGUUAUAUGUGUUCAAGAUUUUUUAUUGAUUUUAGAGAUUCAUUAACACAAGAACAAGUUUUAUUUAAAUAUGUAACUAGUCAUUUUGGAACAGAUUAUGAUGUACGUUAUAGAUUUUUGCGUUGUUUAUAUGAUGUUAUAUCAACGGAUAGUGUUUGGUUAAGUGGUUUUGAACGUAUAUGUUUUUUACGAACUAUUUCAACAAUGAGUUCAUCUAUAAUGCCACUUAAAUUAACAAGUAAUGUUAAACCAUUACUACAAUCGACUUGUAUUUAUUCAUCAAAGAAAUCAUUUCCAUCAUGUAAUUCAGCAACAAAAUAUUCCUCUAUAUCAUCGCUAUCCAAUUCAAAACAUCAAACACCAUCUGUACCUUCAUCAAAUACUUUAAUUAAAUCAUCAUCAUCAUCAUCAUCAUCAGAAAAAGCAGCAAAUCUUGUUCUUCUUCCUUCAUCACCAAUGACAUCUUUAUCACUCGAACAAAUAGAUAUAUUUGUUCAAAUAGUCAAUAGUCUUCGUACUGAACUUUUUCCUAAACUAAAUAAUUUUUUGUCCUCAAUGUUUACUAUCCGAUUACAUACAUUACAUAAAUGGAUCUUCAACAUAAAAAGGAAAUCAAAUAAAAUUAAAACAAAUUCCAUGUCAUCAUCAUCAUCAACAUCAAAACCAUCAAGCAAUUAUCAAACAAAUUGUUGUUAUCAACAAUCACCAUAUGGAAAUAAUGUUGGUCAAUAUUCACUUAUACCAACAGCACAUCAUCAUCAUCAUCAACAACAGCUAGUCAAUAAUAAUGUUCAAUCAAUUUCACCAACAUCUUUAUCACUUAUUUAUGGUAACCAACAACAACAACAACAAACUAAUUCAUCAAAUAUUCUUCAAACACGUUACCAAAAUGAACAAAUAAAUGAUAAAACAAGUAACAGUUUAACACCAGUCAUAACUAAUGGUCAACAACAGUCAAUGAUAAAUCCUUCUACAACAUUAACAACUAGUGCAAAUUUUAGAAGAAAUUUUAAUGCAUGUGCUAAACCACCAUAUAGUUAUAUAUCAUUAAUUACAAUGGCAAUACAAUUAUCAGCAAAUCGUAUGUGUACUUUAGCGGAAAUUUAUCAAUUUAUUAUGGAUUCAUUUCCAUAUUAUCGUCAAAAUCAACAACGAUGGCAAAAUUCAAUUCGUCAUUCAUUAAGUUUUAAUGAUUGUUUUGUCAAAGUACCACGAAGUCCUGAUAGACCAGGUAAAGGUUCUUAUUGGGCUUUACAUCAAGAAGCAACAAAUAUGUUUGAAAAUGGAUGUUAUCUUCGACGACAAAAACGUUUUAAAUGUAAUAAGCGUCUUGAACAUGAUCGUGAUUCAAAUAAUAAUAAUCGACGUAAUGGUAUAAAUAAUAGUCUAGAUAAAUCAACAACAUCAACAGGUAGUGGACAACGAAGUCCAAUUUCGUCAGCAUCUGAUAAAUCAUGUGAUGAUCAAUUAUUACUUAUGCAACAACAGCAAAGAUCUAUAUAUAUGCAACAACAACAACAACAACAACAACAACAACAACAAUCAUUAGAAUCACCAGAUUCUCGUAAUUUACAAGUUCCAGCAUUAGCAACAAAUGUCGAUGUUAAACAACUUAAACAGGAACAGUGUGAUUUUAAUCAAAUGUCAUUUGAUCCACAUACAUUUCCAAAUUAUUCACCAUUUGCUAUAAAUACACUUAUUAUGCAUCAAGGUUUUGGUGAUAAUCCAGCAGCAUUAAAUGCUUAUUAUGCAUCACAAUUACCACAAACAGCUUUUGUUUCAUCAUCAUCAUCAGAUUAUUAUCAUCAUUCAGCAAUGUAUGCAUCACAACCGACUACUUUGUGA